AUGCGUGAUCGAGUGUCUCAUGAUGCCAAAAUGAUGAAUGAUUAUUUUACACCUGGAACUGGUUAUACCUCAAGACAAUUCAAACAACGUCUAGGCAUGAGGGAAGACUUAUUCGAGAAAUUGUUAGGAAAAUUACUUGAAGUUGAUCCAGAAUGGAAACAACGUCCAGAUGCAACCGGUACUACGGGGCAUUCUCCGUAUAUGAAAUUAGUUGUCGUGAUGAAAUGUUUAUGCAAAAGUACGGAAGCUGAUAAUGUUGAUGAUUACACUCGUAUGGGUGCAACUACAAUAUACAAGUAUGUAAAAAGAUUUUGCCACACCGUUUGCAUGACUUUUGGAGAAAGAUAUUUGCGUGAACCCACUCCUGAAGAUGUUGAGAGGUUGCUAGCUGAGAAUGAGGACCGAGGUUUUCUUGGAAUGUUUGGUAGUGUUGAUUGUAUGCAAUUUCCAUGGAAGAAUUUUCUGGUAUCUUGGCAAGGAACUUACCGGGGUAAAGAUAAAGAGAGUAGUUUGGGUGUAACACCUCCAUGCAAUUAUGUCAUCAAUGGUCACCACUAUAAUAUGGGUUAUUUUUUAGCUGAUGGUAUCUAUCCAAAGUUGAUUACAAUUGUACAAGCUUUCUCUCAGACAUUGGACAUUCCCAACUAUGUGAGAUUCAACAAGUAUCAAAUGUCUAAAAGAAAGGAUAUCGAGCGUGCUUUUGGAGUGUUUCAGGGUAUAUUCAUAAUUUUCGGAUCUCCAUGUAAGUAUUGGAAACAAUAUGACUUGAACCCAAUUAUGAAAUGUUGUCUAAUUUUACACAACAUGAUUAUCGAGCAUGAACGUCGGGAUCCAGAUUGGGGCAGAGUUGUUCCUGUUCCGAUUCUGGAACCUACCAAUAAUGGUCGUGUAUCUAUGUCAUCUCUGAAAAACCUAGAAAUGCACCUACAACUAAGAAAUGAUCUUGUCAAGGACAUUAUUCUGCGUCCUGGUAGAGGAGGCCAGGCAGGGGACUUGUCUAGUUUGGAGGGUUCAGAUAUGGAAUACGUCGUACUUCCAUCAUCAGGAGGACAUUAUGAUGAUACAGACUUAGAAGAAGAAGUUGUUCCUAGUCAAAACGAGGAUGGAACAUUUGAUUAUUAUGGAGAUUACAAUGAUCAAAUCCCAAAUGACUUUGAACAUGCAGUUGAACAUGUUUAUGCAGACGGACAUGUGGGAGACGAAUAUGAACAUGAUGAUGAGGAUUCUGGCAAUGGGGAGGAUUAUGACGAUGAUGAGGACGAUGACGAUAAUGAGGACGAUUCUGACGAUGACGAUGAUGCUCCGUACAAUGAUGCGGGUAUGUAUGAUGAUGAUGAUGUUGAGGCAUGA